CAGCACCGGCCCCUCCGCCGCGCUCGGCCCGGAGCCGCCCGGUUCGGCCCGGUGCAGCCCGGAGCGGCCCGGUUCGGCCCGGCGAGGCUUAGCCCGGUUCGGCCCGUUGCAGCCCGGUACGGCUCGGUUCCGCCCGGUUCGGCCCGGCGCAGCCCGGUACGGCCCGGAUGGUGCUGGCCGGGGGCCGAGCAGCGCCGUGAGCCCGCAGGUGUCCGCAUGGCCCCCCGCGGGAUGCGGCCCGGGACGCCCUUCCUCCUCCUCCUCCUCCUCCUCCUCCUCCUCGCCGUCACCGGCUGCCGCUCGGGGGUGGUGGAGGUGCAGCGCAGCGUGACGGCGGUGCUGGGCCAGGACGUGGUGCUGCCGUGCCGGUACCGGGCGCAGGAGCAGGAGCAGGUGGUGCAGGUGACGUGGCUGAAGCGGGGCCCGGCCGGGCGCAGCGCCGAGGUGGCCGUGCUGAACCGGCAGCACGGGGAGCACGUGCAGGAGCCCUACGCCGGGCGGGUGCUGCGGCGGGCGAGCGGGGCGCUGGAGGACGGCGCCAUCGUCCUGAGGAACGCCGUGCAGGGGGACGAGGGCGACUACGAGUGUCACCUCAUCACCUUCCCCCUGGGCAACUUCGAGGGACACCUCACCCUCAAGGUGCUGGUGCCGCCGCUGCCCAUCCUGAACCCGGGGCCGCCGCUGGAGGAGGGCCAGGGCCAGACGCUGGCGGCGUCGUGCACGGCGGAGGGCAACCCGGUGCCGUCGGUGCGCUGGGAGACGGAGGUGCGGGGCACCAACGCCACGCGCCACUCGGCGCACGCCCGCUCUGCCUCCGUCACCAGCGAGUUCUUCCUGGUGCCCGGGCGCAGCAUGAACGGCAAGAGCCUGACGUGCGUGGUGGCCCACCCCGGUCUGCGCCACGAGAAGAGGAUCACCCACCUGCUCAGCGUCGCCUACCUGUCGGACGCCUCGGUGCUGGGGCACACGGAGGAGUGGCAGGAGGGCAUGGAGGGGGCCGUGCUGACCUGCCUGGGGGACGGCAACCCCCCCCCCACCUACAACUGGACACGGCUGAACGCCCCGCUGCCCGCCGGCGUGCGGGUGAAGGGGGACACCCUCGUCUUCCAGCGGCCCCUCGCCGCCGACGACGCCGGGGACUACAUCUGCCACGUCUCCAACCGCGUGGCCACCAAGGAGGCGCGGGCCAACGUCAGCGUCAAGGGCAGGGCGGCAGACGAUGAGGUGCGCAAGGUGGACCUGGUCUCGGCUUCGGUGGUGGUGGUGGGCGUCAUCGCCGCCGUCCUGCUCUGCGUCCUCGUCGUCGUCGUCGUCGUCAUGACCCUCUACCACAAGCGCAAGACCAAGCGCAUCUCUGAGAAAUACGAGGAGGAGCUGACGCUCACCCGGGAGAACUCCAUCCGCCGCCUGCACUCCAGCCACAGCACCGACACGCGCACCCAGCUGGAGGAGACGCUGCAGCUGCGUGCGGAGAGCCGGCAGGGCAGCCUGCGCGGGGACAGCCUGCGCGGCACCAGCAUCUGCUCCGCCAUGAGCGAAGAGCCCGAAGGCCGCAGCUACUCGACGCUCUCGACGGUACGGGAGAUCGAGACGCAGACGGACGUACCGGUGGCACCGCUGCUGCCCGCGCCGGCGGGGAAGGAGCCGAAGGAGGAGGAGGAGGAUGGCGGCGGCGGGGACGACCCCAUCAAACAGGCCAUGACCCACUUCGUGCAGGAGAACGGGAUGCUGCAGGCCAAGCCCACCACCAACGGCAUCUACAUCAACGGCCGCGGGCACCUGGUGUGAGCCCGGCGGGGACCGGGGGGGGGGGGGGGAACGCCCGAGGGACCCCCGAACCCCCCCCCGGCCCUGCCCGCAGUGCCCCGGUGCCGCCCUGCUGCUGGCACGGGGGUGGGGACGCGCCGUGCCGCAGGACGGGCUCCGGUCCCCGAACGUCACCCUGCUGCCGGCCGAGGAGGCGACGGCAGCGCCCAGGACCUUGCGGGCACCGGAGCCGCCGGGCACCCCCGAGCGUGGGGACACCCCAAGGACAGGACAGGGCCAGGAGCCCCCGGCGGGGUUCCCCCCCCCCCCCCACCCCAAAAAUCCCUUCGGACUCUGGGUCGGCUCCUUCCCGCGCGGCGCUGGGGACACGCGGCUGUCCCCGCUCGGGACGCGGUUUGCCGGUGGCACUCGGGACGCUUGUGUCCCCUCCCCCAUCCCAGCUGCCCCCCCCUCCAGCCCCCCCCCCCCCCAAAACCCCCAAACCCUCUGCCCCCUCCCC